GCUAGUCGCAUCACUCAAGACGAGUAGGCGUGCUCUUGUGCGCUGCAUCGUUUGAUGGUCUCCCCGGUUCCCCCGGUACCUCCACUCUCUGCUCUUUGCGGGUGAGGUCGGUCAAACAAAGCAACUGGAAGGACUUUCCCUGCCGGAGGAGUAGAGCUCGACUUUCCGCCGUGCAGCAGAGCCGUGUGCACCGCACCGGUGAGCGGGUCACACCGCGGCACUUUGGAUAACUCACAGCUGCCGAUUGCCAAGGCUCAACCGCGUCCCGCUCCAAGAACAGCAGCACACAUUGCCAUGAACGAUUUAGUCGGACAGCAUAGGUGACUUCGGACUUUUGAUUUCCUCCAUCUCCUCCUUUUCUUUCCUUUUUCGGAUUUUCUGGAGAGGAAAAAAAAAAUCCACGGUGGAAGCAUAAGCCAACAAACUCGCUCUGUGCGCAUAGGGAGGGUAUUUUGCCCAAGAUGCAGGUGGAUCGGAGCUGUGUGGUUUCCAGUGCGUGGUGUGCGUGUCUGAUUUUACUUUUUUCAACUCUGGGUACCAGGGUCAGUGAGGUGGGAGGCACCCACCAAAGCAUCCCUCCGUCCGUGGUGAAGCUGUGGGCUUCAGCUUUUGGUGGGGAGAUAAAGUCCAUCUCAGCAAAGUACUCCGGCUCCCAGCUGCUGCAGAAGAAAUACAAGGAGUUUGAGCGGGCCGUGCGGGUGGACGAGAUUGAUGGGCUGCGGCUGGUGAAGAGGCUGGCAGACGACAUGGAGGAGAUGUUUCACAAGAAAGCCGAGGCAAUGAAGAGACUGGUAGAGGCAGCAGAGGAAGCCCACCUACAGCAUGAGGAGGAUCCAGACCUACAGUAUGAAUACUUCAAUGCGGUGUUGAUCAAUGAAGUUGACGAGGAGGGGAACAGCGUUGAGCUUGGAGGAGAAUUCCUCCUGCAGCCCAAUGACCACUUUAACAACCUGUCAGUCAACCUGAGUCUCAGCACGGUCCAGGUGCCCACCAACAUGUACAACAAAGACUCGGCAAUCGUCAACGGGGUGUUCUGGUCCGAGGCCUUGAAUAAAGUGUUUGUUGAUAACUUUGAGAGAGACCCAUCACUCAUAUGGCAGUACUUUGGCAGUGCCAAAGGCUUUUUCAGGCAGUACCCAGGGAUCAAGUGGAAGCCGGAUGAACACGGGGUCAUAGCUUUUGACUGUCGAAACCGGAAGUGGUACAUCCAGGCUGCCACCUCUCCAAAGAAUGUUGUUAUCCUGGUGGAUGUCAGUGGCAGCAUGAAAGGACUCCGGCUGUCCAUCGCCAAGCAGACGGUCUCCUCCAUACUGGACACUCUUGGAGACGACGACUUUUUUAACAUCAUUGCUUACAAUGAGGAAUUGCAUUAUGUGGAGUCGUGCCUAAAUGGAACAUUGGUCCAAGCAGAUGUCCCCAACAAAGAUCAUUUCCGGGAACACCUCGAAAAGCUGUUCGCAAAAGGCAUCGGUAUGUUAGACAUAGCCCUGACUGAGGCCUUCAAUCUCCUUGGUGACUUCAAUGAGACUGGAAGGGGAAGUGAGUGUAGCCAGGCCAUUAUGUUGGUGACAGAUGGGGCAGUGGACACAUAUGAUGCCAUCUUUGCCAAGUACAACUGGCCAGACAGAAAGGUCCGCAUAUUCCCAUACCUGAUUGGUCGAGAGUCAGCCUUCGCAGAUAAUCUGAAAUGGAUGGCCUGUGCUAACAAAGGCUACUUCACUCAGAUUUCAACAUUGGCAGAUGUGCAAGAGAAUGUGAUGGAGUAUCUCCAUGUGCUGAGUCGUCCAAAGGUGAUCGACCGGGAGCACGACACGGUGUGGACUGAGGCUUACAUCGACAACACUAUGGACGACGGUAAAGGUCCGGUUCUGAUGACCACAGUGGCAAUGCCAGUGUUCAGUACCAAGAAUGAGACUAGAAACCGAGGCAUCCUGCUGGGGGUGGUUGGGACGGACGUGCCUGUGUCUGAGCUGCUCAAGACCAUUCCCAAAUACAAGCUGGGCAUCCAUGGCUACGCCUUUGCAAUCACCAACAACGGCUACAUCCUCACACACCCAGAUCUACGGCCACUUUAUGGAGAUGGCAAGAAGCGAAAGCGAAAGCCAAACUACAGCAGUGUGGAUCUGUUCGAGGUGGAAUGGGAGGAUAAGGAGGACACGCUGAGAAAUGCCAUGGUCAACAGGAAGACAGGGACCUUCUCCAUGGAGGUGAAGAAGAGUGUUGACAAAGGGAAACGUGUGCUGGUGUUGCAUAAUGAUUACUAUUACACAGACAUCAAAGGGACUCCUUUCAGUCUGGGGGUAGCCCUAUCCAGAGGCCAUGGAAAGUUUUUCUUCAGAGGGAAUGUCACAGUGGAGGAAGGACUUCAUGACUUGGAGCAUCCUGAUGUAGCGCUGGCAGAUGAAUGGACAUACUGCAAUACAGACGAGCACCCAGAGCACCGAUACCUGUCCCAGAUAGAGGCAAUCAAACUCUACCUCAGUGGACAUGAACCCCACCUACAAUGUGACAAGGAGCUGAUCCAGGAGGUUCUGUUUGACGCUGUGGUGACGGCCCCUUUGGAGGCCUACUGGACGAGCCUCGUGCUCAACAAGUCGGAGAACUCAGAUAAAGGUGUAGAGAUUGCCUACCUGGGCUCGAGAACAGGCCUGUCGAGGAUCAACCUGUUUGUGGUGCCCGACGAGCUCACAAACCAAGACUUCCUGACAGCUGAAGACAAAGAGGGGGUGUUCAACGCCGAUCACUUUCCCCUGUGGUACAAGAGGGCAGCAGAACAAGUUCCUGGGACCUUCGUCUACUCGCUACCCUUCAACUCAGGAUCAGAAAACAAGAGUGUGGUAUUGGCCAGCACCGCCAUUCAGCUUCUGGAUGAGAGGAAAUCACCCAUAGCUGCGGCUGUUGGCAUCCAAAUGAAACUGGAGUUCUUUCAGAAGAAAUUCUGGACAGCCAGCAGACAGUGUGCAGCAUUAGAUGGGAAAUGCUCCAUAAGCUGUGAUGAUGAGAACAUUAACUGCUACCUCAUUGACAACAACGGCUUUGUUUUGGUGGCAGUGGACUACACUCUGACAGGGAAAUUCUUUGGAGAAGCAGAGGGGGCUGUAAUGAGUAAGCUCCUGCAGAUGGGCUCUUUCAAAAGGGUGACUCUGUAUGACUACCAGGCUCUAUGUUGGGCUUUCUCAGGGAGCAGUGACAGUGGACACACACUGUUAGAUCCGUACUUUGCUUUCUUCUCAGCUGUAAAGUGGAUCCUAACUGAGCUUGUCAUAUUCCUGGUGGAGUUUAACUUGUACAGCUGGUGGCACUCUGACCUCACAGCUAAAGCUCAGAGGAUAGGCCGGAGCAUGCAGGUACCAUGUGACACAGAGUACCCGGCCUUCAUCUCCGAGAGAACCAUCAAAGAGAACACGGGGAACGUUGACUGUGGCGGCUGCAUCAAGUCCUUUGUGAUCCAGCAGAUCCCCAGCAGCAAUCUCUUCAUGGUGGUGGUGGACAACAAGUGUGACUGCAGCAUGUACGAGCCAAUCACCAUGGACCCCAUCGAAAUCAUGUAUAAUGAAUCUCUCAAGUGCGAGCGGUUGAAGAUGCAAAAGGACAGGAGGCGCCCUGAUACCUGUCACCCUUUUCACCCAGAGGAGAACUCAAUGGAGUGUGGAGGAGCUGUGGGGCUCACCCCGUCGCUCGCGGCAACACUGCUCUGCGUCCUCCUGGCGCUGUUCCCUAGGUGACCAGUGCUGGCCAUGCCUCUCCAUCCAGAACUUGAUUUGGAUCGGCUUGGCUCGGCAUGCAAAAGAAUCGCAACGAUGCCACAGAAACACUCCUGCCCCUAAUCAAACUAUGCCCUUUUCCAACUCACCCACUACAAAGCCCUAUAGCCCUGAGGUACAGUGCCACCUAUUUGGAAGGAUUGAAAAUGGAUAGCUAUUAAAGCUGCUAAGUAGUGAUAAUUACGGUGCUUUAGCAAAAUCACAUGAGCUGCACGAAAAGGAUCUGGGCAGAGAUACAAAGUUUUGAACAAAGUAAUAAUGCUAAGAAUGCACAUAAUAGCUUAAAACUGCACAAGUGUUCCAAUAAAACCCACUCUCACUCACACCACUAUGUUCAGUUAUUUUGGGUAGCUGCUGAGGGUCUGUAGCUGGGCUUGGAACUGGGCAUUAGAGCCACGUAACACCCAUGAGGAGAAAGACAGGUGCACCUCCCCCCGGCCCACUCUGACUUUUCAUGGACAAUAGUGAUGAAAAAAAAAAAAAGAAUAAUACGGAAGAUGAAGAAGAUUAUAUGUGGCUGGGGUUGUAAUGAAAUGUUUGUCUAAUGCUCUUUUUUCAUGAUGACAAAAAAAAAAAGUUCUAGUCUAUAUAUGAAGAAAAAAAGAGUUUUAUUUAUUAUUUGCAAGUGGUACCCAUAAACUGUGACUAUGAGAUUUUGAGUCCUCUGACGUGAGUGGUUGUUAAUAUUUGAGCUUUGCCUUACUGAAUGACAUUGGUCCUGUUUGUGUACUUUUGAAAUAAAAUGAUGUUUAAAAUGUAUGUUGUUAACAGUUGUGUUGAAAGGCUCUUUGCGAAGCAGACCUUCAAUAUAGUUAAUAUGAAGCAUUGGUCCCUGGUCUAUAAACGGUUCUAUUGUUGUAGACAGAUUCGACUGAUUAAUUCAGUAUCUGCUCAAAGUACUUGGCUGUGGGGAAGUGUUUUUCUGCUUUUUAGUCUCCCCAUGAGCAGUUGUGUGUGUGUGUGCGCACAUACAUGUAUUUGUAUGACUGCAUCUGGUGUUUCGCUCUUCUGUCAUUGAUAUAAGCCUCUGUCCCAGAGGCCUAUCCCCCACACAAAGAGACACAAUAAAAACCAUGACACUGGAAUCGAAGGCCAACCACAACAUACAUCUGUAUUUAUUUAAGAAAUGGACACAGACAUCCUUAGACAUCUUCUCACAAACAUACACAUACUGUACUUUGAAGCAUAGCAUUCAUGCGCCAUGCCAGGCCAACUCUUACGUGUUUGUGUGCCUACAGAGGAGUACAAACCGACAGCGGUUCUCAGAGACCCAGUGCCAUCAGGAAGCUGCUCUACUUUGGUCUUCAUGUCAACACCAAGGUCCCUUUAGCCAUCACAAGCUUGAUGUCCACCUCUCAACUAGUCAGUUACACUAACUACUGUACCACUUCCUCCUACAAUGGCGAUCUAAUUCUCACCAACUAAGUAGUGUAAUAUGUUCCCUACUGUUUCACUGAUCUAGUCCCUUGAGUAGAACUAUGUGACUCUAAUUAUUUCCAGUUGAUCCUGUUCUUCCUCUUUCUGUGGUGCAAAGACUCCCUGAUUUGCCGGUGGGUCAUUUAUCACUGCAUAAUCUGGGAUUGGAGCUGUUUUGGGUCACAAAUCAAAUCCGGUCUGUGAUUCCUUCCUGUUUGCCAGAUGAGUUAUGGGGAGGUUGCAUUCAAUGUGUGUACAAAAGGCAGAUGUGGGAAAAGCCAUUUGCUCUCUGGGGAGUUGCCACAAUGGCAGCCCUGUUGCCACCUCAGUAUCCUGUGACUGAUAAAUGCUCAUCUCUGUUUUGUGUAAGCUGUUUUCCCCACCCACUGGUUGGGGAAACAUAACCCAUGCAGAUUUCACAAGACCCUUUUUUUUCUAAAUAUAGUGCUGCACAAUGCUGAACAAUGUCAA